UUACAGUGUGAAAUCGAAUUAAUUUACUAAGUCAAUAUAUCAUAUAUUGAAUAUCUUUCAUGUUUAUGUCACAGAGAUUUUUUUAUGUCAUUCUAAUACAUAGUAUAUAAUUCCAUUAUUAUAAUUCUCGUGCAGCACAAGUGUAGAUUAAUUUUGCCAUCUCAAGUAGGUUGUCAAAUAUUAGGAAUUAAAGUCUGCAAUUGGCUCAUCAGUUUUCACGUGUAAGCGUCCUAGUAUACUAUAAUCAGUUAAUAACAAAUAAUUAUAAUUGUAUCAAAACACAAUUAACAACAAGAUUCCAACUUAUAUAAAUUGGAACACUGCAACUUAGUAGAACGUUAUAAGUUAUGAUUUAAAGAUAAAUUCAACAUUAAUAUUCCAAGUAAUUAGCAUAAAACCCUCUAAAAUAAUGCCUACUCAAAACCUCCCGGAGCUUUGGGAUCUUCGACAGCCGUUGGUUGUCCCGGCUAAUGGCAGAUCUAAUGGGCCAGAGAAGUUAACCAUAGACGACAUGCUCCUAAAAUAUUGCGGCGAGUUUGGUAAGUGGCAACUAAGACAUUUUGUAUUAACAAGCUUAGCUUGGGCCUUAGAGGCUUUUCAUACAAUGGUUAUGAUCUUUGCUGACCAUGAGCCGCGGUGGUUAUGUACUGGACCCGGUUGUCAAGUACAAGCCCAACUUUGUGAGCUGCCACCGGGCUCGUGGGAUUGGGUUGAUAGGCAUCGCAGCUCUACCGUGUCUGAGUGGGGGUUGGUGUGUGGUGAGAAGUACAAGGUUGGAUUGGUGCAAUCUUUAUUCUUCUUUGGUUGCAUGAUAGGAGCAGGAAUAUUUGGCCAUCUCUCAGAUUCAUCACUAGGAAGAAAAGGCUCGUUAACCAUAAUAUGUCUAUUAAAUGGAAUCCUCGGUUGCUUGACCGCCUUCUCUCCAAAUUACGCCAUCUACACCCUCCUCCGAUUCCUAAGUGGCCUAGGCACGGGUGGUGUAGGCAUGUGUGCCUUUGUCCUCGCCACUGAGCCCAUUGGACCAACUAAACGCGGUGUUGCUGGUAUGUCCGCCUUCUAUUUCUUCUCCGCUGGCAUUGCACUUCUCUCAGGAAUUGCCUAUGUUUUCCAAUCUUGGAGAUCUCUCUAUAUUGCAUCGUCGAUACCUUCAAUAGUCUUCAUAGCAAUCAUUGUUCCUUUCCUAUCGGAAUCACCUAGGUGGUACCUUGUACGUGGUAAAACAAAGGAAGCAAUGAAAGUCAUGCGACAUAUGGCAUUGUCUAAUGGUACGACAAUACCACAAAACGUCGAGCUUAUACUAGACGAUGAUGCUAACAAGAGCAACAACGUUGUAACACUAAAAGACGACGACACACUACUUGAAGAAGCAAGAGAGGUUAUAUUAAAGGGCUCUUUACUAGACAUCCUAAUGUUACCAAUCACAAGAGUACGCCUUUUAUUAGCUAUUAUGAUCAAUUUUUGUUGUGCAAUUGUAUAUUAUGGACUUAGUCUAAAUGUUGUCAAUCUUGACACCAACCUCUACAUUAACGUACUACUAAACGCAAUUUUUGAACUACCAUCUUACACAAUAACCGCGAUAAUGGCUGAUAAGUUCGGAAGGAAGCCAGUAACAAUAGGUACAAUGUGGUUUAGUGGGGUGUUUUGUUUGUUAGGGAGCAUAAUAAAGAGCUAUGGAAUAUGGAAGAAUUUACAAAUGUUAUGUGGAAUAUUGGGAAUUUUCGGUAUGGCCGGAACUUAUAAUCUAAUGUUCGUUUAUACGAUGGAGAUGUUCCCUACGGUGGUGAGGAAUACGGCCUUAGGAUGUACCACACAAGCGUCACAAACCGGAGCAGCACCACUUGUGGUGAUGAUGGGUAGCACAUUGCCCUUUGCCGUGUUCUCUGUAUGUGGAAUUGUUGGUGGUUUACUUUUGUUUAAUUUGCCUGAAACUUUGAAUCGGCCUUUGUAUGAUACAAUGGCUGGUUUGGAGGAAGGUGAGGUUAUUUUGAGCAAUACAUAAAGAGUUUUAGUCCCUUUGUUCCCUCUUCUUUAGUUCAAUGUCACCUUUUUAUUUUGGGUAUUGGUUAAUUUAUAUACUCUAUCAGUACACUACAACUGUACAACCUUUAAGGCUGCAUAUAAAAGUAUAUAAUACAACUCCUAUAUUGAUAUUAAUUUAGGAAUGCAUGAUAGAAGCACACUUUAAUUAGUGUUAUUUAAACUUAAUUUUAUCUUAGGAUUGUAACUUUUAUCUUCUUAUAUGCAGUCAUAAGAAUUGUAUAUAUCAUUUCCUUGUAAUUUUUGUGAGAAUGAUUUGGUCAUUUGGUG